AUGUUAAGUCUCAAGAUUCUGUUAGGUCACUACGACGUUCUGCACCUCGAGGCCGGCUACAUACCAGGUGUAGUUCCCGUGCAUUGGGAUCAUCACCUGAACAAAACUCAGUCCCGUCUGUUCCUCCUUCAGCUCCUCCUCAGGUUCCACAUCCGGAUCCCACUGCUCAAUAUGUGCCGAGUAAUAUGCCGGUUGAGGUAUUGGUUCUACAACCAAGGCGAGAGCAUCUCCAGGAGCUCCAUCCCAUUCUACAAGGAUACACUACGUGGUAAGUUCACCCGGUCGAACAACGGCAUUACCAGUUACAUUAAGCAAAUGAUGUAUUCCAUGCUCCGCAGAGGAUAUCCCACCUACAGUCAGAUGCCUAACGACGAAAGCGAGUUGUGGUUCCGUAAUUUUGCGGAGUCUGGACAUCCUGCAACUGUUCAUCAUGGAUUUCACGAGAAGGUCGCUGAGUCUUAUACGAAACAGAUCUGUGAGUUGAAGUAG